GAGCUCGUUUUCGAGUUAGAAGUACUUAAAACCAAAAUUGAGGGUGUUUCCAACAGGUUGUAGUGUUGUUAUGGGAACCUGGUGUCAAAAAUACUGCUAUUAUUGGUUCACCAAUGACUGGACAUUUGUGUGAUACUAAUGUUGUAGCAUUAUUUCAUGAAGAGUCGUAGCAUUGAUCCAUCAAAGUGUAGCUUUUGGAAAAGUACUGGAAACGGUUGCCAGCUACUUUAAGUACUUUUACUUUCUAAAAUUGUCGCUUUACAGUCGUCUAUCGGCAACAAUGUGAUGGAGCAUAUAUAAUUAAUAACAUGCUCUAAUGUCUUAGUUCAUAGUUAUGACGAUGCAUAAUCUUCAAGAAACUUCCGCUUCCUUUCUGUAAUAUUACUGACUGCUGACAAUAAUAUAACACGCCCUGACGCGUCUGCAUCACUUCGCGCAGACUUCAGCAAAACUCGCAGUGAUGGUGCAUCGUCGUUUGUACGACAUAUUUGUUACCCUGAUUUUCGUUGCCACAGUACGUGGUAUAAAGAUAACACGCGUGCGAUGUCUAGGACCUUACAACGAUUCGUACACGUGUCCUGGGCUGUCCGACCCUCCUGAAAGGACACACUGUUGUUUAUGGGAUGGUCAGCCUGCCUGUUGUCUUCCAGGAGGUUCGUCAUGCAGCGGCAGUCAUGCUGAUAAGAGAAAUUAUUGCCCGGGCCCCAACUAUGGAGAGGAACGGACGCAAUGUUGUUUAUGGAAUAGCCAGCCUGCUUGUUGCCCGCAGGGAGGUUCCUCAUGCAGUGACAGUGCUAAUAUCCGAAAUUAUUGCCCUGGUCCCGCUGAUGACGGGAGUAAUCAAACCCACUGUUGUGUAUGGAACAGUAAACCUGCUUGUUGCCUCCCCGGAGGUUCUUCAUGCAACGACAGUGCUGAUAUCCGGAGUUAUUGCCCGGGACCUGACGAGGGGAAUGAUCAAACGCACUGUUGUGUAUGGGACAGUAACCCUGCUUGCUGCCUUCCAGGAGGUUCUUCAUGUAGCGACAAUGUUAAUAUCCGAAAUUAUUGCCCAGGCCCCAAAGAUGGGAAGAACGCUCGCUUCUGCUCAGAGAGUAAUGGCAAGGUAUUUUGCAGCAAUGCACCCUUUUGGAUCACAAUCGGAAUUGUGUUGAAGUUCGUUGCUGUUGUCGUUCUGGGUUGUAUUUGUGCGAUCUGUUGCCGAUUUUUCCUAUGCCCUAAACUGUAA